CCACAAUGCGACACAUCUAUCUCAUAGGGAAGCGGCUCAGCCGUCGGUAGGGCUGUCAAGGUAGGUAAUGCCAGCCCUAAGGAAUCUACGGUAGCAUUGCAUGUCAAGCCUUUUCUUUUCGGGCCACCCGUCUCAAUUUAGUUUAAGCGUCGCUUUCCCAGAUCGACAUUAGUCAUGACGCAUGCGGCUCAGUGCCGUCUUUUACUAGAUACCGAAAGGCAUACGCUACAACAACCGAUAUUAAGGGUUCAAAAUUGCGAUCCCGAAAGCGACCGGAAUUAGGUAGUCAGAUUCUUUUAACAAGUAACUUUCCCUAUAGGGACAUCACGCCAAAAGGUUCACGUGUUAUGAACGGAGAUGACGAUGGCGCAGAUCGACACAAUUUUAUUAAGGUGGGAUUCUCACUAUGACCUCAAGCUCUGAAUUAGAGAGGAGGCCCAUUCCGCGAGCUGAUAGGCACAUGUACGACCAUCAUGAGAAAGAGAGAAGCACACACCUGAGGCAGUGGAUUACUCCGUAGAGGCACGGAAGAAGAUAAGGAUACGCGUUGUAAAUAGGAGAGGCGUGGUAUAGCAUUCUAUAUAAGCUGUGGACGAGGUCAAAGGUGAGCAAAAGAACAGAAUCGAUGAGCUCACCAACAACAGCUUCCCAUCAAAAGACAAAAGACAUCAAGAAAUUAUCUAACACACCUUGAAACCAUGGCUUUCGGAGAUUCUGCUAGUGGAUCAUCAAACAACAACGGCCACUCCAAAAGUUCGCCCAAGGACGGCAAGGGGAAGUCGAAGGACCCGAACAAGGACAAAUCCGGAAGCCAGGGUGGCUCAUCUGGCCAGGGGGGCGGCUCAGGGGCAUACGUGUCGCCGCCAGAUUUCUUCUCCUUUAACGACCCUACAAACGGCAAAUGAUGACUGAAAGAAUAACGACUUAGACGAUGGGUUAGGGGCUGGGUUCUAGGAUUGGAUAAGGGAUUGGAUAUGACUGGAUAACGGGGAUAGGGGCACUCUGAUAUUACGCUCUUCGAAUCUGUUCUAGACGAACAUUGAAAUGCCUUCAUUCAUUCAAUAUAAGAU